GUAUCUUCAUGACCCUAUCCCUGUUGUCCAUUGUGUAUGGAGCCAUGCGCUGUAACAUCCUAGCCAUCAAGAUCAAGUAUGAUGAAUAUGAGAUCAAGAUGAAGCCUCUCGCCUACAUCUGCAUUUUCCUGUGGAGGAGCUUUGAGAUUGCCACUCGAGUUGUGGUUCUGGUCCUCUUUACCUCUGUACUGAAGAUUUGGGUGGUGCUUGAUGUACUUAUCAACUUCCUGACUUUCUUCCUCCACCCAUGGAUCCUCUUCCGGUACAGUGGCUCCCCCUUCCCUGAGAACAUUGAGAAAGCACUCACCCGGGUGGGCACCACCAUCGUGCUAUGCUUCCUCACCUUUCUCUAUGCCGGCAUCAACAUGUUCUGCUGGUCAGCUGUGCAGCUGAAAAUCGACAACCCAGACCUCAUCAGCAAGUCCCAAAACUGGUACCGGCUGUUGGUAUACUACAUGCUGAGAUUCGUUGAGAAUGCCUUCCUCCUCCUCAUGUGGUACCUUUAUAAGACCGACAUCUACAUGUAUGUGUGUGCACCCCUCUUGAUUCUGCAGCUGCUCAUUGGGUACUGCACAGCCAUUCUCUUCAUGCUUGUGUUCUACCAGUUCUUCCACCCUUGCAAAAAGCUCUUUUCCUCUAGUGUUUCUGAAGGCUUCCUGGCAUGGCUGCGGUGUAUGUCUUGUCCCUGCAAAAUGUACAAAUUCUGUGGGCCAGAAGGAAAGACAGACCAAAGGUCAUCUGAAGAAAGAGAUGACACCCCUUCUAGCAGUAAAGUCAGUUCUGCACCCAGCCAGAUCUUGAAUCCCGGAGAGCUCUCUGCUUAA